UACUCGAAGAAAUUGAAAUUCUUCAAAAAUAUUUGAUUAAAAAAUCAAAAUAAAAUCAAUUGAACGAUAAUUAAAAAAAAUAACAAAAUUUAUUAAAAAAAUAUUAUAAAAGGAUCUUUAAAAUUAAAUUUAUGAACUCUGAAGAAUAUUUGUGUAUUUCAAAACUACGACAAUAAUUGAACUGGCAAAACCUCCAAACAUUAUAAUCAAUAUCUUCAGAGCAAGAGCUCCAUAAAACCAAUACUGUGGAACCAAAGAAUUUUUCCCGAAGGACUUUAAAACCAGCAGCCAAAUUCGAGAAUACCAGCCAAACAAUAUCUUUAAAACUAGAGUUUCAUAAAGCCUAUAUUGUGAAACCAAAGGUUUAUUCCCGAAGGACUUAAAAACUCAGCAUCCAUUUCCGAGAACACCAGCCAACCAGGAGUAAAAUUGUAAAAGGAUUCAAAUAACUACUCUUGAAAUUCCUUAACAAAAAUCAAGUUUAUUUUAAACCCGGAUUGAACUUCGCACAAAAUUUGGACUUAAAACCCAGCAAUCACAUUCGAGAAUUCCAGCUAAUCAGGAGUAAAAUUAUCAAAGGAUUCAAUUCAUUACUCUUGAAAAAUUCUUUAAAAAUUCAAGUUAAUUUUAAACCCUGCUUGGACUUCGCACUAAAUUUGGACAAAGGUUAAAAUUCUUUUCCAAAAAGGCAAGUUUUUGAUUCAACGGAAAAUUUUAAUAGUUUGUGUUAAAGGACGAAUUUUUAAAAUUCUCAAAGCCAAAAAUAGUAAUUCCUAAUUUCCAAAUUGACAUAAAUUGUCAAAUUGUUGACAUAACAACUCAAUUGUUUAUAAAAGAUUGAAGUUUUUUUCCAAAACAGAAAUAAUUUUCGAAAAACAAUUAAAAUUCGAACAAAAUCCAAAAAAAAAAAAAAAAAAUUAAAAAAAUCCCCAAAUUCGAAAAUUGGACAAAGGAUAAAAAUCCGAAAGAAAAAUAAUUUAAAGAAAAAACUAAAAAUUGAAACAAAAUUCUCAACGAAAAACUGGACAAGAAUCCUCAAAUCCGACAAUUGAACUGUCAAUGGAUAAACGAUUUAAAAUAAAAUACCAAUACCAAUAACAAAAACAAAAAUUAUCUUUGAAAAUAUAAAAAGAUCAACCAAAAUCUGCAAAGAAAAUAUAGACAAGAAUCCUCAAAAUCCCACAUUUGGACUGUCGAUGAACAAAGGAUAUAAAAUAAUAGCUCAAGUUGUCAUGAAAAAAUGAGUUUUUUUCCGAAAAAAAAAAUAAAGAUAAUUCUCAAAUCGAAUAAUUGGACUGUUGAAAUAUUUGGCGGCGAGAAAUUCAGACUUUAAAAGAUAAAUUUUUUGUAAAAAAAAAUACCAAAACCAUUUCAAAACCCAAAAAAUCACAACAAUAUAAGAAAUAUUUUAAACGGGGAAAAAUUACUUAAAAAAAGCGACGACUUUUUGUUUUGAAAUCCAUUAGCUAUUCAUAAAGACAAAAAACAGUGAAAUUUAUAAAAAAAAAUUGGAAAAUAUUUAAAAUCGAAAAAAAAAAACUGAAUAAAAAUUACACAAAAUUGCCCCUUAAAAAAGACCUGUUGCUUGCAAACCUGCAAAUCUUCAAAAUCAGAAAAUAAACACAAAGUGAUCUGAUUGCACCAUACAUUCUGUUUAAAAUACGAAUAUCCUGACUGACUUGGCGAGAUUGAGAAAUAAAACCGAUUAGAUUGAGUCAAAUUUCAACAAAAACCUUCCUCAAAUCGAGCACCAAACAUCUAUUCAGUUAGAAUACGAAAAUACGAAUAUCCCAACCUGCCUGAAGGUUGGGAAAGAAAAUGCGAUUUAACUGAAAAAAAAACAUUCCAUAAAUCCUCCCUUGACAAAGAACUCGAUACCCAAACUUGCAACACACAGGAUAAAAUCUCCCAAACCGAAUUCAAAUUUGUAUUGAAAUUUCCGGAAAAAAUAGAAAUUUUAUAAAAAAAAUUACAGAAAAAAAACAUUGAAAGUAUAUCCUAAAAUCCUCCGUAAGGGCUGAAAUUCUGUCAGAAACGAAUACGAAAGGCCUCAUUUCAAAAUACACUCAAAUUAAAAUCCAUAUUUUGAGAAUAAUUCCGCCAUCUAUUCUGCUCAAACUACAAAUAUCCAACAGAAAUGAAGGAAUAAUAAAUUUACAAUAUUGGAAAUCAUCGAAAAAAUAGAUUCCAAACAUAAACGUAGUUCGAUAGAAACUAAUAAAAAUCUAAAAAGGUCAAAAAGCUUUUAAACCUUUUCUGGCCAAAAAGUGAAGAAAUUAAUAAUUUCCCAAAUUUGGAAAAAAAAACACCUAAAAUGAACUAAAAAAUCGCCAAAUAAUAAUUGAAAAUAUUCAAACAAAUAUAAGCCGAAAUUUUUUCCCAAACAUCCAAACAAAAAAGUGUUUCCCGAAACAGAAAAAAAAACUCCCAACAAAUAUUUGCCACAACAUAACUAAACCAAAACUUAGAAAGGAAUACCCCGAAAAAAUACCAAAAAGAAAAAAAAUCUGAGGAAAAUCGUUAAAAAACCAACCUCCAAACUCCUCUCAAAAUUCAAGCCAAAAUAAAAAUAACCAACAUUAAAACACUGGCAGUAUCCAACCAUCCAGCCAUAACAAAAAACAGAAAAAAAAAUACAAACAAACAAAUUGAAUUGAAUUUUCAUUACGUUGAAAUAUUCUACUUAACACACAGUCUUAAAAGAAGAGGCCUAAAACAAGCCUCUCUACGUAUAUGAGUGCGUGUGUUUGUGAGCCAACACACAAAAAAAACAUUGCUCAGACAUUUGCCGCACAAUUUUGGCUUGCAUCCCCUAAAGCAAAAAACUCGACAACAAGAAAUACGCCAACAAAUUCGUAUUCGUACAACAAAGGCGAAACGAAGGCAAAAACCUAACAAAUUCAAUAACAGCACAACAACAACAACAAAAAUAAAAUACUCAAAAAAAAACGAAAGAAACAAACGAACGAACGAGGCUCUAAACACAGCAACAACUUUACAUUUAACUCUCCUCUCCGGCCACAUUCUCGUCAUCAACAACAACAACAGCAGCAGCAGUACCAUAAAACGAGAAGAAGCAGCAGCAGAAAAGUUAUUUUUAGAAUGCCAUAAAAUUCUUGGUACGAGAAGGAGAGAGAGAGUAAAUCUCUUUACGAAAACCAAAAACGUACUUCUUACAACAACACGGCACACUCACGAGUACAUACAUACAGUACAAACACCAUCAUGAUGAUGAUGAUGAUGACAAAUACAGCCACGAGCCACAGUAGAAGACAACCGCCAAUGUUGACAAAGCACCACAAAUCAAAGUAACAACAACAGCAACAAAAUAUACUAAAUUCAAGGUUUGAAUUUUUAAUUUAAGUUCGAUUUUCAAUGACGAUUUACAAUAAUAUGGCAACGCUAGCAAUGGACAAACAGCGUUUAAGCGUUAACGAACAGCAUCAUCAACAGUUUCUGGGCGAUAAACAAAAACAGCGUUCGGAACGUGCCUCCAGUUUGGCCUUGCCGCACAGCUCCCUCUUGGAUUUCUAUGACAAACAACAGGAACAGUGUAACUCAGUGGCUCUAUUGCCGGUCAAUGCAAAUGUAGUUGUGCGACGACACUCCUCCCACUACUAUCCCAUGCUGGAGGCUGGUGGCGACAAGCAACCCGACUCGUCCGCCGUCAACGAUAUGGACAGUGUGAAAAGUUUAAUGUCAUCCAUGAAUGUUGGCUUAAAUGCAGCAUCGCCAUUUGGUUGCAAUAAAACAGUCAUGGCACAGAAUAUUAAACACUCACCCGGACUUCCGGCCUCCACAUCACCGCUGCCGGGGGCAGGGAAACAACAACAGCUACAGGCGCCACCACAACAACAACAGCUGCAGCAUCCUUCUCAUCAUUUGCAACAAAAGGUGAAUACAACAGCUACGCCAGUCAAGAGCAGACAAAAUUCCGAUUUUGUACCCAGCCUAAAUAACAGACAACAACAACACAAACAACAAACACAACCCCAACUUCAGCAGCAGACCUCGUCAGCAUCAAAUUCUACAGCUACACCCCCUCCCAUACCCAAACGAACAUUCCACUCAAAAUUUACCUGGAAUUCGGUGAAUAGCUGUGGCAGCAUUGCUUCAUCGAACGGUGGAGUCGAUUCCUGUGGUGAACCCACACCACCCUCAUCGGCUGCAUCCCUCAACCAGACACCCAACAAACAGGGCAAACAGCAAACCACAACUAGUGGCACUGCAUUCGUCUAUCCCCAAAUUCCAUUGCAAAAUUUGCCCUCCACGGGACGGGCGACAGGUGGUGGAUCGGCUGCAGGUUAUUAUGCCAAUACAAACAUCGAAGCCAAUAAUCCGUUGACAAAUACGUCUGGCGGCCAUCUGUUUGUUGACUUGAAUGCACGCUCCGCAUACUCGGAUGGUGGCAGUGUUACAGGUUACGACACCGGUGGUCUAUCCGACGAUGACCGCAUGAGUCUGGAGAAUUCAGUGUUCGAAGAGUCAUUGAACUCCACGCCCGUCAAGCUAUCACAUAACUCCUCGAGUAAACUAUUCAACGGCACCUUGGCUGCCAAAACCCUGGCAGCCCUGACCGGAGACGUUUGCACGGCACUCAAACGUUCUAAUCGCUCGUCCAGCAGCACCGUCGACUCGAGCAUUACCUCAUCGUCUGGCUAUGGUUCGCACAGCGAACGUCUGGCAUCCACCUCGACCACAGCUGAUUUUCGUAGUCGCUUCUCCAGUGUUGAUACUCAGUCAUCGCUCGACAGUUGUCUAACGGAGAAAACCUCCGCUGAUUCACCGCUGGCCAAGGAGUCAUUUAAAAUGGAACGUUCGAUGAAUUUAAACGAGGUGAUGCUAAAUUUGAAUAACAAUGAAAUGAAUGCCGUCACCUAUGGCCAACAGACAACAGUCACAGCCACAGCAGCAGCGAAUAUGGCAGCAAACAACAACAAUAUCCAGCAGAUGAGCCACAACAGCAACAAUAAGUUGCCCAUAGUACCGGUACGUGCUCAGCGUAAAACUGGCCAGAUGCCACAAUCACAAUCGGUGUCACCUGCCAAGCAACAGCAGCAGCAGAGUGGUGGGCAGCAAAAGCUGGGCAACCAAAGUCAGUCCCAGCAAUCGCUUAACAAUAGUAUCGACUCCAGCAACAAGGGUGGCUCCACGGUGCCCAAUUCAACCUCAACAUCGUCCACAGCAUCGGCAGGUUCCAGUAUUUCAACGGGCUCGUCGAUGUCUAUUUCGGCCUCUGGUUCAGGCAACUCACCCUUGGCACCUCCUGCAACCCAACAGCAACUGCAGUCACAACCGCCGCAACACAAUACAGCUCAACAACAGAAACGUCCACCCAUACCACCAGCCAGAGUACAAAACUUUGAAAUGCACGAUUCCUCGGCCCCAAUGAAACAACAACAACACCAGCAACAACCACCCAUGAACAUACGUAACCAAUUGAAUCGCAGCAAACGUCCACCUCCCAUCCAGUACCCAAAACUGCAUCAACGCCAGGAUUCGAAUUUGUCCAGCGAUAGCUUCUCGGUAACCUCCAGUCCGGGUUAUAAUUCGAAAAAUCUAAUGGAUGCCCCACUGCUGCAGAAUGCAUCGCGCAUCAAUAAGAGUGGUGGGGCGGCAGCGGCCCUCCGUCAUCAGGAUAGCAGUGAUGCCUUUGGCAUGAUGACGACAUCACGUUUCGGCAGCAAUGGUCCCGUUGUACCGCCACGCCACAAAUUCAAUUUCCGCCAAGACUCCAAUAUAUCCAGUGAUAGCUUCAGUCAAACUUCCAGCCCUGGUUAUAAUACGAAAAUCAUGGAAGCGCCACUGCUGCCAUCGCUGUCGGUGAAAAGGUUGUGCAAUGUACCUACACCCAUUAAUAUUAAGCAGAAAUUCCAAAAUGAAACCAUCGAUGAAAUGGAGAACAAUGUACCCAUGUCACCGAUUACGAAAUGUGUUUCCACACCUGCCAGUCUACAGACCAUAGUACGUUUUCAAAAUGGUGCUCCGAAUACAAUGUCCUUGCCACAUCAGAUCAUAAAUCGCCGUAAGAGUUCAAAUCCCUACAUAACCAAUGGUCGCUUGAAAUUCCGCCUAUUUCAAAUUUUGAUAAAUGCCUUGGCUCUAUUGGCCAUUGCUGGAGGUUUGGCGGCAUAUUUCAAGGCCUAUCCCACCAUUAAGUUUGUGAACAAGACCAUCAUCAAUACCGUACAUGUGGAGGAUCCCCAGAGUAAAAAUCCCGCUCCCGGCACAUGUCUACCGAUUAUUGUGAAAUUUUGUCAAGGCCCCCAAAUACCCUAUAAUUUUACCGUGUUCCCCAAUUACAUUGGCCAUUUCGGCCAGCUGGAAACUCAAGUGGAUAUGGAUGCCUAUGAGGCCUUAGUGGAUGUGCGUUGCUAUGAGCUGGUGUCGUUGUUUUUAUGUACCUUAUUUGUACCGAAAUGUGGUGCUUCGGGUGCCACUGUGCCACCCUGUCAGUCGUUGUGCACGGAAACAAUGCGUCGCUGUGGUUUCUUCUUUGAUGUGUUUGGCCUAAGUCUGCCGGAGUACCUGAACUGUAAGCUGUUCAAAGAUUUCGAAAGUCCCGAGGAAUGUGUGGGCUAUCAGGAGGUGCAAAAUGUCAUGUUGGCCUCGGCGAAUCCCAAGUGUGAUGGCUUUAAGUGUGACAACACCCGUUGUCUGCCCAAGGAGUAUGUGUGCGAUGGCAACUUGGAUUGCAUGGACCAUGCGGAUGAGAAGAACUGCAAAGUGUGUGACAAAGAUGAGGUGUUUUGUGGCAAUGGGAAGUGUAUAACCUUGGAUCAUAUAUGCAAUGGGGUCAUGGACUGUCCCUAUGGGCAGGAUGAAAAGAAUUGCAUCCGCCUCAGUGAACGCAAUGGUGAUUUGGGCAAAGGUGUCCUAGAGGUCUACCGCAUGAACAGCAAAGAAUGGACCCCGGCCUGUGUCAAGAAUUGGGAUCGUGCUGUCUCACCCUCGGCCGUUUGUUCCAUGCUGGGCUAUAGUGCAGUGAAUGCCACCAGUGUCAUUACCCAAAAAACCCAUCGUCCACUGCUGACCUCGGUAAAUGUCUCUACAGACAUUUGGAAAAUGUACGCCAAAAAGAAAUCCAAUUUAAUUAAGGAGUUUUCGAACUGUACACGUUCCGAAGAUUAUCCCAUUGCUGAGUUGACCUGUUCUAACUUCGAAUGCGGCAAAGUUAAGAGAACAAGGCGUAAGCUGUCACGACGCAUAAUUGGUGGUGCUAAAGCUCAUCCUGGUUCCUGGCCUUUUCUGGCAGCCAUUUUGGGUGGUCCCGAGAAAAUAUUCUAUUGUGCUGGGGUGCUGAUAUCCGAUCAGUGGGUUCUAACAGCUUCCCAUUGUAUUGGCAAUCACACGGUUAUCGACCUGGAAGAUUGGACAAUACAGCUGGGAGUUACACGACGCAAUUCCUAUACCUAUUCGAGUCAAGAGGUUAAAGUGAAGACAGUUAUACCCCAUCCCCUAUAUAAUACAGCGAUAACACAUGACAACGAUAUUGCAUUGUUCCAGCUUGCCAAACGUGUAUCUUUUCACGAGCAUCUACUGCCAGUUUGUUUACCUCCGCCCAAUAUGAAGCAAUUGAAACCCGACUCAAUGUGCACGGUUAUUGGUUGGGGCAAGAGACGUGAUAAAGAUCCUUCUGCAACAUAUGAACCCAUUGUCAAUGAAGUCCAAGUUCCCAUUAUCCGUAGAACCCAGUGUGACGAAUGGCUGGAUAAUUUAACUGUGUCCGAUGGCAUGAUUUGUGCUGGCUAUGAGGAGGGUGGCAAGGAUGCAUGUCAGGGCGAUUCUGGUGGUCCCCUGCUCUGUCCAUAUCCCGGUGAAAAGGAUCGUUGGUUUGUUGGUGGCAUUGUGUCGUGGGGCAUUAUGUGUGCCCAUCCCAAAUUACCCGGAGUCUAUGCAAAUGUCAUAAAAUACGUACCCUGGAUAAAUGAACAGAUAUUGAAAUAUUCACGUGAUGAACCCUUUUCAAAAUAUGAUGCACAUCCUGGUGGUCCAGAUAUUUUGUCGAAUUUGGCAACGGUGUCGCUGAAAAGUCGACAAACACCCAAGGUGCAUCGCAGUCCCAUGGAUAUUGAUUAUUAUGAUAGUCAAGAGAGAAGUCAAUGGGGAUAAGGGGUUAAAAUCCGAGAAGUGAAGGCAACAAAUACUUAAAAAAAUAACUAAAAAUUAAAAAUAUUAAAAACUAAUAUAUUUUUGCUACUGGUUAAUGGAAAUAAAUAGAAAAAUAUUUUGUUUUUUUCAAUAAUUAUAUAGAAACCGCAAGAGAAACACGAUAUUGUCAAUUUUUUUACAACAAACAAAACAAACAUAUUUUGGGUCAAUUUUUUACGAAACUAAAUUCCUGAAGAACUAUUAAAUUAUUUAAAAAUAAAACAAAAAAAAAACACACUUGGCAUAUUCACACUACAAACCUAAAACACAGCAUAUCCUUUGCAGACAUAUAUAUAUAAAAAAAAAAACAAACAAUUUUGUAAUAUGAAAAAAUAAUACUAACGAAGUAAGAAGACAAUAAAUGUAUUAUAUACGAAAUUAUAGUUUAAAAUAAAACCAAAAAUAUAUAUGAAAUGAUUUAUGUUAUAGAGCAUAGACUCCAAAGAGUUCUAAGAAAAAAUGUUAAGAUGACAAAAAGAAAGAAAAAAAAAAUAAGCCAACUACUAAAUAUGAUAAAUGUGCUAUCCUACAAUAAAAGCUUAUUAAAUUUAGAUAUAAUAUACAUAUACUCAAUAUUUAUUAUGACGACAUAUACACACAUACACUCAAAAUGUGCUAGACAAUAAAUACAUAUGAAUACUAUUUUUAUAAGUUAAAAAAAAAGAAGUAACGAAACAAAAGUCUCUAAGAUAAGCUCUAAAAUAUAUAUUAUAAAAAUAAAAAAUGAUGUGAAAAAGAAUGUAAUAAAAUAUAAGGAACUAUAUGACAAUACUAUUUACAUGCAUAGAUGAAAUUGUGAAAAAAUAAGACAAUAAUAUAUAUGAAUAAUAUUAAAUAUUAAAAAAAAAAGAUAAAACUUGAUGACAAUAUGGAAAAUUAACUCAAAGAAAGAAAAGAAAUAAUUGUUUAAUAAUGUCUAUAAAAUAAAACAUAUUAGCUAAAAAGGUGUAAGGACAAGUUCCCUAAAUAUAUUACCAAAAAAUAUACCAUACAUGGUAACAUAAAUAUAUAAAUAUAUAAUAGAAUUAAAAGUAGUAAUACAAAUUAUUAAAAUAACAAAACUGCAAAAAUAAAUGUCAAUGUUAUUGCUUUACUUUUUUGACAGGAAUAUCCUUUUUUGUAUAAUUUGUCAGGUAAAUUAACCACAAAUGGAAUUAAAUUUAAGGAAAUUAGACAAUAUUUAUACAGAGGCUUGUUUAAAUUGGAGACACGGUUUUAUAACUU